AUGAGAACAAACAGCUCGGGUCUUCGGGAACAAAACGGAGCGAAAAGAGAGAGGCAGCGAGAUGAACCUAGAGGGAGUGGAUUAAGAUAUAUUGAGAAACCAAAAUAUACAUCAGCACGGGAUCCAAAACUAGUUCUGGCACAACCGCAACCGGACUGGAAUCGAUACACAGUUGCUAAAAUUCCUCAGAAGUUUGAACGUAUGAAUUCUGAAGUGCGCGGAGAGAAUGAAGCUGAUGGUCAAUCGGGUGCAAACGAACACUCUGCUGCGGCCUCUCCUAAAAAUCACAGUAACGGGAGAAUUCCAAGAAAGCCAGUAUCGAAAGAACCGGCUAAGAAAAGUGAUCUUACACUCAGCCAGAUUGAAUAUGAAAUCUUCUUAGCAGCCGGUGCAAAUCCCAGUUCCAGGCCUCCCCCAGAAGCUACGAUACCCUCACAGUCUAGAUCAAAGCAACACAUUCCAAAUCCAACACCGCACAAAUCCAGACCUCAUAUUCCAAGACAAAGCCAAACAAAUGAUCUUCCUUCAGGUCAAAGACGCAUGGGACGAGUCGACAUUCCAAGAAUGAGCUCAAGUUAUCAUGGAGCAGAGAGUGGUUUGGGGAGUGAUUCCAGUAACAGUCGACCCCCAAACAGGAGAAGGACUCGUGCUGAAGAUGAAAGGACAAACUCUACUCGGGGUCAAAAUAAAGAAAUCAUUAUUCCUAAAACAAGAGAAAAUCCAGCUCUGCCGCCUCGUAAUAUGCACAAACAAGAUCAAUUGUCUACUCCUCAACAGUAUCCACGACUGUCAGGGCAUAGGGCUGUAGCGCGUGAGCAUCAUUGUCCCAUCACCGCUGAUUUGCAAGAAUCUAGACAAUUGCCAGAUUCAGUGCCGAGAUCUCAUACAAAUCAAAGAAAUGGUAGUCAGAUUCCCGCGAAUUACAGCUAUCCUUCUCACAGGGUCAGACCGUGA